CAGUGUUAAAGACCUUUGCCAGAGCAGCGGCGUUGUGCAGUGGGCGUGGCAUUUAAAGGGCUGCGCGAGUGAUCUGUACGGUGCGCAGGAUGGGCCAAUCAUCAUCCAGCAGCGGCAGCGGCUCUUCACGCGGCUGUAACAGCGCAGCACUCGCGAGCUCCACACGAGCGCGUGUGCAAGGAGUUUUUUCUUCUUCUUUACAUACCGGUGACCGGUUAGACGAGAAUCCGAUGAAAACCAAGCAGCUGCAAUCUGUUCAGAAGUGCUGGCGGGACGAUAUCAAAGAGGGGAAGACUUCUGGGGAUGUGAGAGUACACGAGCCGAAAAAACUUAUUUUAAACGCGACUUCUUCCGGUAAUCAACAUGCGACCGAAAACUUGAUACUUCUGAGUCGGGACACCAACUUUGAAAGUUCUGAUUCCCAAAGCGGACAGAAAGGAGUAACGUUACGCGAGGAGAACAAUGAGUGUUGCGUCUCGCCGUGGGACAUGGAAAGAGUGUCAGAAGGAGGUGCCGUGAUUCCAGGCAGAGUUUCGGAGGAAAAUGUGACCCAGUGCUUGAACGCACCAGACUUUUUAGUAGACUUCAGUUGCUCGUCUCCGUUAGCCAAACAUAAAAUGACCAAAAGUACAUUGCAACCCUCCGUGUCAGGUCGGCUGGGUGGAGAAGCAGAGCAACAAGCCUCAAACCCAUUCCCUAGGAUUAUUCCCAAACUAAUAGUCACCCAUGAUGAUUUAGGUCCUGGUGAGGACAGUCCGCACAUCAGUGAUUUGACUUUAAGCAUGGGCGGCUUUUCGCUGGACCUGCAUCCCGAUGAGGACUCGCCCUGCUCGGACAGCGGCUGUGGAGGCUCCCCUGCGCCCUCUCUGUUCCACAGGAAACUGUCCAGCUCCUCCUCCGCUGGAUUGUCCUCUGCCUCGUCGUUUGAGGAAUCUGAGGAUGAUUUCACGGGCAGCGACAUUGAGCCCACCAGUCUGUCCCCCAAUAUGAUCGGUAGUGCUGAUGAACUCACAGGGGCUAAAUCGUGGAGGAAGUUAAAGACUAUGGUGCAUUGCUCUCCAUUUGUGGUUUCAUUUAAGAAAACAUAUCCUUGGGUUCAGCUGGCAGGCCAUGCAGGUAAUUUCCAAGCAGGCGAGUAUGGGAAACUAUUGAAGAGGUAUUGUGAAUGCGAGCAGCAGUGUCUCGAGAAGCUGAUGAAUGGCAACCUCCGGCCGUUUGUUCCUGGUUACUAUGGUAUUGUGCAGCAGAACAACCAGGAUUACAACCUAAUGGAUGAUCUGCUGACCGACUUUGACUCCCCUUCAAUCAUGGAUUGCAAGAUGGGAAGCAGGACAUACCUGGAAGAAGAGCUGGUAAAGGCCCGUGAGCGUCCUCGUCUUAGGAAGGAUAUGUAUGAGAAAAUGGUGGCUGUGGACCCAGGAGCGCCUAGUCCGGAGGAAAGAGCCCAGCAGGCGGUUCUCAAACCUCGAUACAUGCAGUGGAGGGAAACGCUGAGCUCAACCGCCUCUCUUGGCUUCCGCAUCGAGGGCAUCAAGAAAGCAGAUGGCACAUGCAACACCAGCUUUAAAAAAACCAAACAUAAGGAGCAGGUGAUGAAGGCCUUGAGUGACUUUGUGGAUGGAAACACACAGUUGCUGAGGAGUUAUCUGCUGAGGCUGGAGGAGCUGCGCAGCGCUCUAGAGAAGUCAGAGUUCUUCAGGACACACGAGGUGGUUGGGAGUUCUUUGCUGUUCGUUCACGAUGCUUCAGGCCUGGCCCGAGUAUGGAUGAUUGACUUUGGUAAGACCGUCCCACUGCCACCACCCCAAACCCUGGACCACCGCACACCCUGGGCUGAGGGAAACCAGGAGGACGGGUACCUGUGGGGUCUGGACAACCUCAUUGAGAUCUUUGGAGACAUGCUGCAGGACGCGACCCCUCCCUCACACUGAUGGAUGCACAGAACAUGCCUGAGCCCGGAGGAUCACGUGUAGGGACACGCUGAUGGAGGGAGGCGCACAACAGGAUAUUAGUUCUGGGAUGAGUGUGCUCUUGUGCUGUCGGAGAGAUAAAGAGCGAA